AUGAUGAACAUUCUAAAUUUUACUGAGGCUCCCAUGAAGGAUGAGAGCAUCGAAGAAUACGAACACCAUGAGUACCCGAUUACCGGUACGAAUCUCAAUAACCCAGGUGAGCUCAGGAUCAAUAUUGAAACACAAGAUCUGUUUACUCACCCAAGCGAGAGCUAUCUGAUCAUCGAAGGGCGUCUGACAAAAACUGACGGGACCGCUUACGCAAACGAUGAUAACGUUACACUGACGAAUAAUGCUCUCAUGUAUCUUUUCAGCAACAUCAAGUACCAGCUUUCAGGACAGGAGAUUGAAUCUCUCUUUCAUCCAGGACAGGGUACAACGAUGCUUGGUCUGUUGAAAUAUCCAGAUGACUUCUCCAAGUCGCAGGGUUUGAAUCAAUUGUGGUACAAGGACACAUCAGCUGCAGCAUCUGCAGCUGCAGCAGCAGGCAAUGCCGGAUUUAGCGUUCGCCAAUCCUAUAUAAUCAAAUCUCCUGAUCCAAAGGGCACAUUUAGUUUCAGAGUACCACUCAAGCACAUCUUUGGAUUUUGCGAAGACUAUGACAAAAUUGUGUAUGGUAUGAAACAAACCCUGACUCUGGUGCGGAAAACGGACAACGAUGCGAUCUUCAGGAAUGCAAAUGUUGAUGAUGGGAAAAUUACCCUCGAAAAGGUGUCGUGGUUUAUGCCUCAUGUACUACCCGCAGAUGCUGAAAAAUUUCAGCUUUACAAGACACUCGAUUCAAAUGCGCUUCUACCCGUAAUGUACAGGAUCAGGCAAUGUGAUUCCAUCUCCGUACCACAGUCAACUAGCUUCACCUGGAGACUAUCUGUCAAAUCAGCGCCUGAAAGACCGCGCUAUAUCAUUGUCGGUUUCCAAACUGACAAAGACGGUGACCAAGAGCAGAAUCCUUCCAUCUUUGACAACGUCAAUCAAUUCAGUCGGGCGUACGGUGAUGCAGCAGCCUUCAGGUCCAAGUUUUACAACAUGGACGAGUUGGUGUCAAACCCCAACAUCACCCCCGCCGAUUACAAGACUCUUUUCCCACUGUUUGUGUUCGACGUCAGCAAGCAGAGUGAGCGACUGAAGACCGCAGUCACUGACAUCCAAAUAAAAAUGCAGUUCAAUGCCAACGUGCCAGCGGGUACCGAAGCAUUUGCUGUUGUGAUUAGUGACAAGAUGAUAAACUUCAAGACCGAUGGGAAGAAGAAUAAAAUCAAAGGUUAUUCUCAUUGCGGCAAGAAGCGGCUGAUCGAGCUGUUGAAAGGAAAGGAAUUAAUACCAGAGGAACCACCCAAACCAGUGAAGACAAAGAAAGAGGUAGAUCCAAUGGCAGUUAGAAAUAACCCCAAACCUGUUGUGUUGAGGGAUGUUAAUACUGGAGAGGAGAUUACAUUUCCAUCCAUUUAUAAGGCAUCUCAAUUCAUAGACAAAUCCUCGAGGAUAAUAACCUUUUGGGAUGGAAGGGUGUGGAAAAACAAGUAUGAGAUUAAAGUGGGUGACCCCAGAGGAAUUAGCAAGAUGUAA